AUGUUCGGGAAAGACAAAAUAACGUGCAGAAAUCUGAGACCAAGACAAAAUGCUGUAAAUACAGAGACCUGGAUUGAGAUUGAAACUAUUGAAAAAGGUCGAGCCCCACGCUCCUUGUUUCCACCACACAAAGGGCUAUAUGCCCCAGUGCCGUCCUGCAUCAGCAGACCGGGAACAAUCACUCCGCCAGCGCGGGCUCUGCGCGAACUGGCUGAUGUCCGCCCCAGAACAAGUGGAUGA